CCUCCUGACAUCAAUUACUACCAGACUCCAAACAUUAAGCUGCACAGAGCGCAACUAUGAGCUCUUCCACUUCAAAUCUUUACGGUUCGAUCAACAGCAGCAGGCUCCAGAAUCACCCCAAGACUCGGCUCGUCAAGAAAUACGUCUUCAAAGCUGCUAAAUUCAUCUUUUACAUCAUCAAGCUGAUCACCAAAUUCAUAGUCCUUACUAUCCAGAAAUUGUUCAACCUUUCUCUAUAUCCUAUGCUUUCAGUCAUUGUCACGAUAUUUGCGUUGACAAUAUAUAGCUUCUUUUUGGAUCAAGUUGUUGAGAGGCUGAGUGGCUGGGUAGUUGGAUUGACUUUUGGUGGCCUGCAGAUUGUUGCGCUUCCGAAGACUACAAUUUUGGAAACCCCAACGCAUUGGUACGUAAUACCACUACCAGAAGUAGCCUCACUUGUGACACCAAGUGCUACGCUAUCAAUGAUCACUACAAUAGUGGUUGAAGUAUUAUCCGAGACUUAUGCACUGACAACAGAGGAUUACACAUAUCCUGCUUUGGCAUUCAGUCAAGGAACGUCUCAAAUGCUACCCGAAGUUUUCGAAUCGCUGACCAUUCUUGCAUCGGUAGAACCUAUCCAAAUCGCACACUCGGAAGCAAUUUCUACGUCAGAGAUACAGCUACCAUCGACUGAUUCUCCCGAGGCCCAAAAGUUCUCGACUCCUUCGCGCAUCUCGAUAGCCUUUUUGGAGCCAGAGCACAGUCCAGAGCCCCAGCUCCAUACAACCUCGUCACCUCUCCCUAUCUCCCCAACACAAGAAGAAAUCACAGCUCUCCUCGAACUUCCUACAACGAUCGCAGUGUCAAUGGACACACUCUCAGAAGACACAGAAUCAUACACGCCAUCUAUAAGCACCAGAAAGGAGGAACAUACUUCAUCAUCGAGUUGGCAAUCUGGAAUUCUGAUUGCCACACGAGUAGAGACACUUCAUGAAUCGUUGUUUACCUUCGCCACCAUCAGUUCGCGUUCACUGGUGGAAUCCGAAACACAGACACCGCAGCCUACAAACUUAAAUCAUCAGGAACUGUAG